AUGGAUCCCUAUCUAUCCAGAACUCUCCAGUCACUCACCCGGAGCAAGAUACAUGAGUUAGAAAAGCACCGUAACACCUACGAGUCUCGCAAGGCAGAGAUACUGGCAACUGCGUCCAAAUGUCCAACACUCCGAGAACGGGUUGCACAGCUUCUCGUGGGAACAAAAAGUCUCUCCCAGGGCGCUGAGUCCGACAGUGAAAUUGCCAACAUUGAACAUUGGGUGGAACAAGCUCGAUUUGACUCUUCAAUUCCAUCAGAAAGGCUGGAAGGAUUCGAGCAACAUCUGCAUGAUAGGUUGGAUGCAUACAGUCGGAAGUUGAACCUUGCCGAUGUGUAUUCGCGUCUUCUCACUGAAUGGAUGAAUCCUCCUUCAAAGAAUGAGGAUGCAGAAAAUCAUCCUAGCGAGGAUGAAGACUUCGAGAUUGUCGAUGAGCAGCAAAAGGAGCGACUGAAGCAGCUAUGCGACAAGUUCGAGGAUAUGGUUUUCAACCCCUGCGAAACCAGCCCCGACGAAAUAACUUCUUUUCUCCAGGGUCUCUUCCCGGGAAACGAUGGUGUUAAAUCAUUGGAAAGUCUUCGAUCCGAAAUCGGCGUGGAAUCUCAGUCAAUUUGGGAUCAAAAGGACCCUUUCACGGUCGAUUCGCUACGCCAAUGCAUCCGAGGAAUGCAAAAUGAAGCUAUCAUCAGCGAGCAGAAGCAGCAGACACUGAAGCAUUUCUUAGACAACCCAGUUGUUUUGAAUGAAAUUGCGGAUGUGCUUAAUAUGCGAUAUGCCGACUUGCGGAACUGGGACUGGCAUGCCGAUAGUGAAGGUGUUCCUGUGAUCCCACGACAAGAGCUUAAUGGAAAAUACAGAAUUUGGAUGGAUGAUGACGUUCUAGAAACAAUCUUCCUCGGACACAUUUGCAUACGACUUUGCAAGGUGCUCAAGGAUACUCUGAAUAGAUUUAUCGAGGACGAGGAGUCGGUGUGGGAGAACAAUAUGAAGCCAUACACGACUGAUCGCGACAGGCUGCGUCGAAAGUAUUAUGGCCAGGAUUGGGCUUGGAUGGACAGUUUAGACGAAUAUCGAAGAGAUGAAUUCCAGAAUGAUUUCUUCCUUGCGACACUUCCAGACGGGCAAGGGGCUGGCUGCGAUUACGAUGAUGAGGAGGAACAGAACAUGGAGCAAGGUAGAAAGAAGAACGUCAAGCAAAUGUUGCUGAGAAAGAUCGUUACGGAGACCCUCCUAGCACAUCAUCUUGAUGGCGGGGCUGUUGUCAUUCAGUCGGAUCUACAUUGGUUCGGAACCUCGAUCCCACACAGCACAGUCUAUACCGCCCUCAGAUUCAUCGGAUUCUCUGAGGAUUGGGUUGAAUUCUUUCGAAAGUUUCUUGCGACUCCGUUGAACAUGGAUAAAUCCUUCGAGGGGCAUGACCAAGUCGGCCCUCGCGAACGCAGAAGGGGAAUUCCCAUAGCACAUGCCUCUGAGAAAUUCAUUGGGGAAUUGAUCCUCUUCUUUAUGGAUCUUGCUGUACGACGCGAGACUGGGGUCCUUCUGUAUCGUCUUCAUGAUGAUAUCUGGCUCUCCGGGCAACCCCAGAAGUGUGCGCAAUCGUGGGAGGUAAUGCAGAAGUUUGCAAAUAUCACCGGGCUCAUGUUCAACAACAACAAGACGGGAUCAGUCUACCUGAGCAAUUCCAUCGAUCCUGUGGUUGCCUCGCGGUUACCUAAAAACCCGGUGAAAAUCGGCUUCUUGAUGUUGGACCCUUCUUCAGGCGACUGGGUUAUCGACGAUUCGCAGGUCGAAAACCACAUUAAUCAACUCAAGAAACAGUUGGGCCAGUGCAACAGCUUGCUUUCAUGGAUACGAACAUGGAACAGCUGCAUUGGCAGAUUCUUCAAGAACACCUUUGGUGAGCCAGCAUACUGCUUCGGGCGGCCACAUAUUGAUGCCAUCCUCGCCUCAUAUGAGAAAAUGUACAAAUCCAUAUUUGGGACCAAGACAAACAACGGCAACAGUGGCACUUUGACCGAAUAUCUCAGGAAUGAGAUCAGUUCUCGCUUUGGUGUGUCUGAUGUUCCGGACGCUUUCUUCUUCCUUCCUGAAAAGCUGGGGGGACUUGGCGUGAGGAACCCAUUUGUCUCGAUUGUUCCGCUACGCCAGCAACUUCAGAAAUCGCCCCAAGAGCUAGUGGAACUCUUCCUGAACUCAGAGCUUGCGGAAUACGAUACGGCAAAAAGGAAGUUCGAGAAGAAGACUCCCAAGGAGCGAGUGAGGCUCUUAAAAUCCCUUGAAGAUAUGACCUCGUCAGAAGAAGAAAUUGUCUCUUCGGACGAGGUGCAUACAUUUAUGACCUACGCAGAGUGGACACAAUUCCGCCACGAAACAAGUUCCAGUCUGACUACCUUGUACAAACAGCUUAUGGAUAUUCCCGGUCACAAGUCGCCCAGCACCACUGAGAAAGUGGAAACGGCGUUGAAAAAGGCCCGGAGGGAAUUUGACCUCCAGCAUAUUGAUGCCGAAACCAAAUGGAUCUUGUACAUGUAUGCGGAAGAUCUUCUGGCAAAGUUCGGUGGAUUGAACCUGGUGGAUAAACAGUACUUGCCAACAGGAGUUUUGGACAUGAUCAAAGAAAAGAAAGUUACGUGGCAGAUGGUUUUGUAA